AUGGGCGAGCUCCUAGUAAUAGUCUCUGAAAAGAACGAUAUUGUUUACCAGAGGAUAUUCAACAACGCAAGCGACGAGGAGUACUGCAGAUUGGUGAUCAUUGUGUAUGGAUCGAUCGAUGCACUGGUGGAGAAGAUGUCAUCGUCCACAGCAAGCUACUUUGGAUGCUUGGAUACCUAUGGCGAUGCGAAGGUCAGCGCAUAUGUGAUGCCGUCUGGAUAUAAGCUGCUAUUUAUGCAUUCCAGGAGUGAUGCAAAGCAGUUUCUUGAUAGUAUGCAUAGAGUGUUUGCAGGUGUUCUUUUGAGAUCUGUACGGCCAGAUGAGAUUGCAGACGACCCUGAUCUUGACAAGAAUGUGGAUGAGUUAUAUGGCUCGUGCUUUGUAUAA